AUGUCUUCCCCUUCUCCCUCUCUGCGCAAGAGAGGUGGGAAGAAGGAGGCUUAUACUGCUCUGCCAUCCAAUGAUGGCUCAUUGAGGGCAGUGGCAGCUCCCAGCAAGCCCAAGUCGGAAUGGGACUAUUGGCUGGCCAUUUCCAUUCUGACCCUUUUGGCAUUUGCAACCCGCUUCUGGCGCAUCGAUUACCCCAAUGAGGUUGUCUUUGAUGAAGUUCACUUUGGAAAGUUUGCCUCGUAUUACCUGCAACGCACCUAUUUCUUCGACGUUCACCCGCCCUUUGGAAAACUACUGUUUGCUUUUAUGGGAUGGUUGGUUGGAUUUGACGGCCAGUUCUUGUUCGAAAACAUCGGCGACUCGUACAUCGAAAACAAUGUUCCUUACUUGUCUCUUCGUGCCAUGCCGGCAACCCUUGGUGCCUUGACAAUCCCCGUGGUGUUUUUGAUCAUGUGGGAAUCGGGUUACUCGUUGCCGGCUUGUGUUCUGGCUGCUGGUCUCAUGGUGUUCGAUAACGCCCAUGUGGGUGAGGACCGCUUGAUCCUCUUGGAUUCCACUUUGGUCAUCACCAUGGCGCUCAGCAUCUUGUGCUAUGUCCGGUUCUACAAGUUGCGCCACCAGCCAUUUGGUCGCAAAUGGUGGAAGUGGUUGCUCCUGACUGGAUUCUGCAUGAGCUGUGUCAUCUCGACCAAGUAUGUUGGCGUUUUCACUUUCGUCACCAUUGGUUCAGCAGUCGCAAUCGAUCUGUGGAAUCUUUUGGAUAUCAACCGACGCGAUGGUGCUCUUGAUAUGAUCACCUGGAUCAAGCAUGUCAUGGCUCGUGGAGUGGCUUUGGUUGUCAUUCCCUUCUUCUUCUACCUGUUCUGGUUCCAGGUCCACUUCACCAUUCUUAACCGGUCCGGCCCUGGCGAUGAGUUCAUGUCCCCCGAGUUCCAGGAGACCCUCAGUGACAAUGCGAUGACUGCCCAGUCCGUUGGAAUUGAAUACUUCGACUCCAUUAGCAUCCGCCACAAGGACACCAAGGUCCUCCUUCACAGCCACUGGGAUAAGUAUCCCCUUCGUUAUGACGAUGGUCGCAUCUCCAGCCAAGGCCAGCAGGUUACUGGCUACCCUCACAACGACACCAACAACUUGUGGCAGAUUCUGCCGACCGUCCCGCUCACUGACAGCAAGCCCAAGAGCGUGCGGAAUGGAGAUGUCAUUCAGCUCCGCCACGUUGUCACCGACUCGUUCCUUUUGACCCACGAUGUUGCAUCUCCUUUCUUCCCUACCAACCAGGAGUUUACCACUGUUUCAAAGGAAUUGGCCGAUAGCGAACGUCACAACGAUACUCUGUUUGAGAUUAAGAUUGAGAAUGGAAAGCCCUUCCAGGAAUUCCGCACAUUCUCAAGCUUGAUCAAGCUCAUCCACGUUCCGACUCGUGUGGCCAUGUGGACCCACACCACUCCUCUUCCCGAGUGGGGAUACAAGCAGGCCGAGAUCAACGGAAACAAGAACAUUCUGCAGUCCAGCAACCUCUGGUUUGCUGAGACGAUUGAUGGCAUUGAGGAGGGUAGCCCGCGUUUGGAGAAGGAAGAACGCCAGCCCAAAUCGCUCUCCUUCCUGCGCAAGUACUUUGAGUUGCAGGGUGCCAUGUUCCACCACAACAAUGCACUGACUAGCAGCCACCCUUAUGCUACGGAGCCCUUCCAGUGGCCUUUCCUGCUGCGUGGUGUGAGCUUCUGGACUAAGAAUGAGACUCGAGGCCAAAUCUACUUCUUGGGUAACCCCAUCGGAUGGUGGAUUGCUAGUAGUUUGCUGGCUGUCUUUGCCGGCAUUGUCGGAGCUGACCAGCUUUCGCUUCGCCGUGGUAUUGAUGCAUUGGAAGAAAUUUGGGGUCCUGGCACCCGUUCCCGUCUGUACAACAGCACUGGAUUCCUGUUCCUAUGCUGGGCUGCUCACUAUUUCCCCUUCUGGCUGAUGGGUCGCCAGCGUUUCCUUCACCACUACCUGCCGUCUCACCUGGCCUCGACCAUGGUGACUGGAGCACUAGUUGAAUUUAUCUUCAACGUGUCCCCGCUCGAUCCCGCCACUGCCGCACCCCCUGUGGAUGAUCCUUCCGGUAAGGCUAAGGGUACCCGGGUCAGCCGCAGCGUCCGCCGCUUCGUGACGGCCAAGGAGCGCAUGGGCCUUAACUCGGUGCUUGCCGCAUGGGCUGCGACCAUUGUGAUUCUGGGGGCCACCAUCGGUGGCUUCAUCUUCUAUGCGCCUUUGACCUAUGGUACCCCUGGCCUGGAUGUCGCCGGCGUUAACGCCCGCAAGUGGCUGAACUAUGAUCUCCACUUUGCCAAAUAA